UUCUCACAUCAACAUUCCCCUCUUUGCCUCUUCUGCUUCUUCAAUUUCAAAGAUUAUUUGCUGACUCAAACUCUCUUUUUUUCUCUAAAAAAAAUUCCUUCUGUUCCCCUCUCCCUUUUUCUAUCGAACUCAUCGCAUCGAAUUUGCUUAGUACGAUUUACGUCACGUAAAUAAUGGAAAACAAUCACCAGACACAAAUUCAGACCACUAAAACAUCAAGAUUCAAACGCAUAUGUGUUUUUUGUGGAAGCAGUCCAGGCAAAAAGCCAAGUUAUCAACUUGCUGCUAUUCAACUUGGCAAUCAACUGGUUGAAAGGAACAUCGACUUGGUUUAUGGAGGUGGCAGUGUGGGCUUGAUGGGCCUAGUUUCUCAAUCAGUUUUUAAUGGUGGCCGCCACGUGUUAGGGGUGAUUCCUAAAACUCUUAUGCCAAGAGAGAUUACUGGAGAAAGUGUUGGAGAAGUAAGAGCAGUGUCUGGGAUGCAUCAAAGAAAAGCAGAAAUGGCAAGACAAGCUGAUGCAUUCAUAGCCUUACCAGGUGGCUAUGGGACAUUGGAAGAACUCCUAGAAGUCAUCACUUGGGCUCAACUAGGCAUUCAUGAUAAACCAGUAGGUUUACUUAAUGUAGAUGGCUACUAUAAUUCAUUAUUAUCAUUUAUAGACAAAGCUGUUGAUGAAGGCUUUGUCACACCCUCUGCCCGUCACAUCAUUAUUUCUGCCCCAACUGCCCAAGAACUCAUGUCUAAGCUUGAGGAUUAUGUACCAAAGCAUAAUGGGGUGGCACCAAAAUUGAGUUGGGAAAUGGAGCAACAACUUGGCUACACAACAACAAAAUUGGAAAUUGCUCGUUAAAUAUUCAAAUGAUGGGUAGAUUUAAUAUAUUUAUAGAGAAAAAUGUAGUAAAUUUCUUUGAAGACUUAAAUUCAACAAUUAUGACUUAAGAUGUUGAUGGGAAAAAGCUUCAGAGAAUUAAUUAAUAUAUAAUUAGUAGCUUUGCAGCACUUUUUACUUGCUGUUUAUAAUUAGUUUUAAGGGGAAAAAAAUAUAUUACGUAAUUAAUUUGUUUAGUGUUGAUUCAUUUUUGUCCAUUAGGCUAAUCAAAUGCCUAAUUAAAACAUGAAAAAGUUGAUGUAGUACAAGUAAUUGUUUUUCUUUUUUUCUGUCUGUA